AUGAAUAAUCCAAUGAAUAUCAAUUUACGUGAAUCAGUGCGGUUAUUAAACAACGAAUUUCAAGAAAUGAAGAAAAAAUAUGAAAAUGAUUUACAAAAAUUGAAAGAUAAAUAUAAGGAACAUCUCGAUACUUUAAAUCAGACAUGGUUAAUUAUGCAUCAACAACAUCAAACGUCUCAACAAAUGUUAACUGUAAUAAAUAAUAACAUGAAACAAGUUAUAUUCGUUACGUGUUUAAAAACAACAAGAACAAUUUAUGAAGCAUUAAAUAAAAUUACAACGAACAACAAUGAAGCUAUUCAUCAAUUAGAAAAUCAAAUCGAAUAUUUACAAGAAGCUGAAUCCUUUUUUACUACACACAUCAAUUCAUUACAACAGCUCGUUGAUAAACAAAAUGAAAUUUUAAAUAAAGCACUUGAUUCAUUAUUUAAAGACCCAAAUGUUUAG